AUGCUCCUGAGAAAGAAAAGAGGAAGCUGGGAGUUUCAACCUGAUGAGAGGGCAGAUCAUCACUCUGAGGAGUUUUUAGACAGCUUGGCCCAAAGAAUACCUAAUGGGCAGAAAGAGGACUGUUUUGAGGACACUGGUCGGUGUGAAGAUAUGAUGGCAGACAGCUGUAGGCAACACAGAAAGCAUGUGUUGUUUGUGCUGAGUGAGGCAGGUAAGCCCAUCUACUCACGCUAUGGAAGUAAAGAAGCUCUCUCCUUCACCAUGGGUGUCAUGAUGCCGCUGGUCUCUUUCAUUCAGGCUGGAGGCAACACCAUCAGGUCAGUUUUUUCAGAUGACUGAACGAUUCUCUUUCUGCAGAAGGGGCCGUUGGUGUUGGUAUGUCGGCAAUCCGAACAACAGCUCUGUAGCGAGUUUGUCCAUGUUUACUAUCAGAUCGUCAGCAUGCUUGCCCAGGCCUGCAUAAACCACAUCUUUAAACACAGCAAGAACUACGACCUGCGGCGUCUGCCGUUCGGCUCAGAAAAGGUUCUCAUUCAGGAGAAAAUGGUUUUGGAGGAUGCUAGGUUAAAACCCACAGACCUCCACCUCCUCUUCAACCUCAUCAGGGCUUCCUUUGCCUUCCAGGCCGGAGAGAUAUGGAUGCCCGUCUGCCUGCCCUUGUUCAGACAUGACUGCUACUUUUAUGUGUCAUAUCUUGACCCUCCUGAAUGUUGUGUCUGUCUCGUAAUUUUGUCUACAGAUAAGGAAGAAUUGUAUGCAUUGGCAGAGUGCAAGAAGAAAAUUGAGUAGGCUGUCACGACCCAGAAUGCUUUGCAGUGUGUGGCAAACACUCAGAUGUACUGUGUUAACAAUAUCGGUGUGGCUAAUCUAAAACACUUCCUGUACAAACCUUCUAAAGUGUCAGAACAGUGUAGUCAACUCCCACGCUUCAUUUGGUAAGUGGCUUAAUGGACAUCAAAGUCAGGAUGGAGUUAAAAAAGGAUCCUUCUCAGGCCCCACAUGCAUAAUAUUACAGAAGUAAAAUAGGUUGCGAAUGCUGUUAAUUGUUGUCUUUAAUGCCUUGGGACUGAGAAACUACUGUAUAUAAUCCAAAGCAGCAUUGCACCAAUAUUAGACUCAUUUGGCUCAUUCAAAGCCCCUUUAGCUCAUGUUGAACCAAAUCAGUGAUUCUUUUGCCAUCAAAGACACCAGAUGGGACUCUAUGAUGGCCUAUUAGCCAGUAUUUCCAAAUUCUGUGAAAGAUUAAACCACAGUGUUAUGAAUCCCACAACCGUAAAUGCUUGAUUAAGUUAAUCACAUAUCUGAAAUGUUUCAGUGCAGAGAUGUAAGAUGCCUUCUAUGUACAAAUACAAGCAAAUUAGCCCAACUAACUGAUCAUCAAAGCGCUGAAACCAGAGAGACAUCAAGUCAUGGGUUACAUAAAAGAAGCCUGUGGUGAGGAUAUUAGAGCAGCUUUGUAUAAACCAUGUCUAUUUAUACUUGACAGUGCACUGUGUUUUUUCAUAUGGUUUGUGUUGACAGCCUAUGUUUACAUGCAAUGUUUCCAUGUGAUGCAUAUCUACUGCUGCUAUUUGUGUUUGUCUUAGUGAAAAAGUCCCAGGUAUUGUUUCUGUCUGUUGCUGCUGAUAAACACCAGUCACACCACCAGAAAAUAAGCCAUCGGGUGUCCCAAUGUGUAGUGAGCAAUGAGGUCCUUACGAGUGUAAACAAUAUAUUAAUUCACAACCAAGGGAACUAAUUAAGACACACCCCAGGUUAUAAUCGAUGAUAUUAGCAUGCUAUGUGACUUUCUCUUCUAACUUUAAUCAGUCCAGAGAUACAGAAGCCAGGAGGAGAGGAUACAUCUACUGGACCUGUAUCACAACAUGCACAGGAGUAUCCACAGUGGCUCACAGCCUUUGAAACUAAUUUACCAUUCGACAGACAGAGAAACGAUGCUGGCAUGUGUAUUUUCCCCUAUCUUUAGUGUCCAUGCAAAUAGUCUCUUUGUUUUAUCCUUGCUUGCAACAUGCAUUUAAUCUGAAACAUUGAUGAAAGCUUGAAAAGGCCUUUUAAAUGCUUCACAUUUUUACUUCUUUACUCUCCUGAUUUGUGUUGUACACCUUAAAAAACGAUUUGUUAUUAAAGUAGCCUAAUUAGAUUAAACACGAAAAAACUCUACACUUAACAUAAAAUUUAAGUUACCAGGUGAACUUAAAUGUAUGCAAAAAUAAAAUGAAAAAACAUAAGUAAUGCCAACUACUAUAACAAUUGUGUCAAAAUUAAGUAAAUCUAGCGUAACAUUUUAAGUAUCUAAAGAGCAAAUUUCCCAUGAUGCUUUUCCAGCCAAAAAUUCUGACAUCUCUUGUAGCCAUUUUGUUGAAGCACAUGCACUGUAAAAAAAUCCAACUUCAAAAUGUUCUUAAAGAUAAUUAAGUAACAAAGUUUUUCUUGUUGAAAGGCGUCAAUUCAUUAUUUUUUGUUCACUGAAUGAAAUAAGCAUA